AAAAAAAAAAAAAAACUUUCCUAUAAUUUCCUAAUAUAUAAAAAAAAAAACACAACCUGAAAAAAGAAAACAAACCAAAAUCAUCUCUCUCAUCCAUCGAAAAGAAACCCUACCUUUUUUUUUUACGAGAAGAAAGAAAAAAAAAAAUAUAGAAAUCAUGAAUAACGAUACAAUAGCAAAUGCAACAGAAGUACCUUCAGCAUUAACAUUUUGUGACUGGCGUAUAGAAGUAUAUAAUUGUGUAAUGAGUGAAUUAUGGGUAGCUCAAGUAACAGUCUCAGUUAUAAGUUAUUUUAUACUUGCAAUAUCUGGUACAUUUGUUUUUGGUUAUCGUUAUAAACAUAUGUGGAAAGGUUUAUUCGUCGAUCAUGGUCAUGGGAUUAGACCUUUACCUGUAGAUAAUUUAUUAUUCUUUUGGACUAUCGCUUGUUAUCUUAGAGGUUUACAUUCUCUAUUAAUGUUAACAAACGCAUAUACUCGUUUCUGGCAAAAGGAAUUCAUGCAAGAAAUUGGUUGGACUAUGCUUUGCUAUGGUGGUAUACUUUAUCUCGUAGGUAUCAUAUAUACAAUUCCGGUAAAUUACACGCGUGGAAAAGCAACUUUAAAAAUUGAAACAAAAAAAGAUUCUCUAAGUUAUUUUACUUCGCGUGAAAUUUAUAUUCCAACACCAAACACUUUAAAUAUUAUCCUCGGUCUAUGGUGUUUAUAUCCAACAGUAACAGCUUUACCUUUUGCUAUAUUAUCAGGUUUAUCAAGAGAUCAUGGUAAUGCUGCUGCUGCUGCUAGAUGGACUGGUGCUCAAUAUAUAUCAUAUAUAAUUUUUGAUUCAUCUUUUGCUCUCAUUGGUGCUUAUUAUGGAAUUCAUUUUAUGUUGAUUUUAAGAAAUUCGAUGAAACAAUUUUCAAGACGUUCAGGAGGUUAUUAUCAAUCUCACAGUAAUGCUACUCGUUCAGCUCUUGAUCGUCUUAAAUAUACUAUGACAUAUAUUGCAGUUUUACCAAUGAUUUCGGCUCCUUGGUGGGGAAUUUUUGGAAUUUUUCAUGAUACUAUAUUAAGUUCAAUUAACGGUGUAAAUAUUUUUUUAUCAACUAUGUGGCAUAUUGGAGGUGCUCAACCCUUAAUAGCCGUAACUCAAUAUAUUUUGGCGAAACGUGUUUAUCAACAUUUUACUGGUCAAGUUCCGGCUUCUGAUGAUGUGAAUUCAAGUACAAAUUCUUCUUCAGCUGAUACAAGAAAGAGCGCUUUAAGUCCUGUUACUCCAACUUUUCCCGUUACUAUGAGUUCUGCCGUAAUAAAACAAAAUCAACAGAAUCAUCGAACAAGUGAUUCUUAUGAUAUGGAAACACUUCAAAGUAAAUUUGAAGGAAUUAAUUUAUCAUUAAAAGAUGAUGGUUUUCCUGAUUGGGAUAAUUUGGAAGUUCAAAAUAACGAUGGUCGAAAUUCCAAUAGCGAACGCAAUGUCGUAUAGUAUAGUAAAUAUAACUAAAAAAAUUUUUCUUUUCAUGACCAAUCAAAUGCAUAAUUUAUAUUUAAACAAAGAGCUCUUUAAUCAGACAAUCAAUUUUUCCUUUUAAUGUAAUACAUCAUUAAUUAACGGAAUUAAGUAUGCGAAAAAGAAGAAUUUUAAUUUAUUCUACAAU